AUGAAGAAGGAUGUGAAAACUUGGAUACCAAGGAACGAAAUCGAACAACCCGUAACACCUCCCGCCGCAGAGCAACAAACAUUAACCGGAAGAUUCUUCAGAUGCCUCUUCGCUUGUAUCUUCUACACGCAACUAACCCUAAUCUCGAUCUUUGUGAUCUUUCUCACGCUAAGAGGUCUCGUCUUCACCAAGUCACCUAACUUCCAUCCCAAGAAAUGGUACACUCCUCUGUUAUCCUCUGUUGCUAUCUCCGGAGUCCUCUCUUUAGCCUGGAAUUGCUUCUUCGUCUGCAACAUACGAGCCACAGUCAAAGCAACGCUCUGGUUCACACCGAUACUCACAAUCUCCGUCGGGCUCUUCAUAAUUCUCUACGGCAAAUCCGUGGUUCUAGUGCUCGGUGUACCUCUUGUGGUAUUUAGCAUCAUUUCGGCAUUGUAUGGAUGGCUUUACGUCAUUAACAAGCAUGCAUUCACCUUCAGAAUGAUGUCAAUCUCCACAGGGUUGUUACCCGCAAGAACCAGAGCUAUAGCAGUUGGAUCAGUGAUCAUAAGCGUCUUUUACUCUGCUUUCUUGGUUGCUGGAAUCGGUGGAGCUACUGCUACAAGAACACGUCUAGAUAUACUUUUCAUCUUCAUCCUCGUGAUAAGCCUUGCCUGGACAAUGCAGGUUCUCAAAAACGUACAAGAAGUCGCGAUUUCGAAAGCCACAUAUGUAUACUUCAGACGUGUUGAGUUCAUGAAUGCAUGUGAUGCACUUGGUGCCACUCUGAAAAACCAGCUCGGGAGCGUUUGUAUUGGUUCAACACUCCUUCCACUUAUUGUACUCUUUAGGGGAUCGAUCCGGUGCACUAAUCUGCAGGAUGGGUGUGACGACGACCAGGACAUCUAUACAAGUACUCGAGGCUGCUAUUGGAUUGCCAAUCAUAUUAUUUUGCGAGGAAACAGAUAUGGAUUUGUUCAUGUGGGAGCUUACAACAAAGGGUUUGUGCAAGCGUCGAGUGACACAUGGAAGACGUUCAGAACAGUGGCUGGAUUUGAGCAAUUGAUUGAUUUUGACAUCACUAGCUCCAUCUGUUUCUAUAGCGCCAUGGGAAUUGGUGCAAUCUCUGCAUUAACUGCAGGAAUAUGGGAGCUCCUGAUCCAAAAGGAUCACUUCUUUGAGCUGACUAUCUACGCUUUCAUCAUCGGGUACUUUGUGGGGAGAGUUUCUUCUGCGUGGCUACAAGCAUGUGUAAUGGGUUACUAUGUAGCUUAUUCUGAGGAUCCACAGAGCGAUAUCUUUGAUAACACAAUUCCACAGCGUAUUGAGCGCCAAAAUAUCGAAAAGGCAAAGAGAGAAUCUGAGAAUAGAGUGCGGGAAGAUGAGGAUGAGGUGAUAACACACUUGUAGAGAGCUAGCAUGAGGAUGGUAUCCACUUAGUUCAGGAAAACUUCUUUCGUUUCUUUCUUUUUUCACGUUUCACUUUUCACUGAGGCUUUUAAAAAGCUAGACUAAAGGUUGGAGAUUGUUUAGUUUGGUAUUGAAAACUGCA